AUGUCCAAAAGAAUUCCUGUACCAAAAGGAACAUUUCGGCAUGUGCAUAUUGAUUUAGUAGGAUCAUUGCGAUUAUCGGAUGGACAUCGCUAUUGUCUAGCAACGAUGAAUCGUUUUUCUCAAUGGCCUAAAAUUUCAAGGUUUGGUGCACCAUUGACGACAACAACAGGAAAAGGAUCACAAUUUAAAUCGCAAGUUUUUACAGCCUUACCUGCUACUGCUGGAUUUAAAAUAAUACGAACAUCUGCAUAUCACCCAGCUUCUAAUGGGUUACUCGAACAUUGGCAUCGAUCACUUAAGACUGCUAUUAGAUGCCAAGAAAAUAAAAACUGGACAGAAACUCUACCAGCAGUUUUAUUAGGUUCAAGAACUGCAUGUAAAGAAGAUAUUGAAGCAUCUACAGCAGAAUUAGUACAUGGAGAAACUCUUUGUUUGCCUGGAGAAUUCUUUAUUGAGGACGAACAUCCAAUUAACGAAAACAUUUGUCUCCAAAAAUUACAAAAACAAAUGAAAUUGAUUAAACCAAUACAAACAGUUCAUCAUUCAGAAAAUAAGGUUUUUAUACAUGCAAAUAUGUACACUUGUACUUAUGUAUUUUUACGUGUAAAUGCAAUUGAACCUCCCUUAGCACUACCGCAUGAGGGCCCUUAUCCAGUAAUGGACAGAUUUUCAGAACAACUUUUCAUCAUCAAAGUCAAUGGUCAACCACAAACUGUCAGUAUUGAGAGAGUCAAACCAGUCUUCACUGAAAAUACUUUUAAGAAAAAUACAUCCCAGGAAUCGUAUUCAUCAGAAGCAUCAUCAAAUCCAUCUCAACACAUUACAGAAGAAAUUAGAACAUAUCCUGGAUCAAAACAGAAGAAAAUUAUCAUCAUUUGUAACUUUGGCGCUUCUGCAACCAUCAACGGUGGAUGA